UCUUUACUUUGCCUGUGCCAGCAGUGAAACUAAGGCUCACAGAUUUCUCCUCCACCCUCAUCCUUUUCUCCUUUCCUCCUCUCUGCGUUGCUCUUUUUUAUAUUAUUUUCCUUUCCCUGCACUUUCUCCCUCCCUCUUUCCUGCACACUGUUCCUCUCGUACUCCCCACGCUCUCCCUAUCAUCUCCCUUUUCCUCUUUCUUCAUCCCCCUCUCCUGUCUUUUUUGUGGUGCAUGAGGGUCUCUGGCCCACACCUGCAACUCCACCUCCCUCCAUGGGCAUCCGAGCAUCCUGCAGACCAGACCCUGGACCGCGGGGAGCUACCUCCCAGCACAAUGACUCUCCACUUCCCGACCAGGACGAGGAGAUUCUGGGCUCGGAUGAUGAGGAACAAGAGGAUCCCAACGACUACUGUAAAGGGGGUUACCACCAUGUUAAGAUAGGAGACCUGUUCAACGGGAGAUAUCAUGUGAUCAGGAAGCUGGGCUGGGGACAUUUCUCCACUGUGUGGCUGGCCUGGGACAUUCAGGAGAAGCGUUUUGUGGCCAUGAAGGUGGUGAAGAGCGCCGAACACUACACUGAGACGGCCAUGGAUGAGAUAAAGCUUCUGAGGUCGGUGAGGAACACGGAUACCAGUGAUCCUAGCAGAGAGAGGGUGGUUCAGCUGCUGGAUGACUUCAAGAUCUCUGGCAUGAACGGAACUCAUGUGUGUAUGGUAUUUGAAGUUCUGGGUCACCAUCUGCUUAAGUGGAUCAUCAAAUCCAACUACCAGGGCCUUCCUCUGCCCUGCGUCAAGAGCAUCAUACGACAGGUUCUCCAAGGGCUGGAUUAUCUCCACACCAAGUGCAAGAUCAUACACACUGACAUCAAGCCAGAGAACAUUCUUUUGACCGUCAACGAGCCCUAUAUCCGGAAAAUGGCUGCCGAGGCGACGGAAUGGCAGAGGACAGGAGCUCCACCCCCCUCCGGAUCCGCAGUGAGCACAGCUCCAGUCCCCAAACCGAUGGCCAAGAUGUCUAAGAACAAGAAGAAGAAGUUGAAGAAGAAACAGCGCAAGCAGGCUGAGAUGUUGGAGAAGAGGAUUCAGGAGAUGGAGGGAGCACCGGAUGGAGGAGAGGAAGAAGAGGAGGGCGAAGAGGAGAGAACCGAGACCACCGCAGAGGCCCCACACACAGCUAACGAUGUCAGCACAGCCCCAGCUCCAGGUAAACCUGAAGAGAUUAAAGACCGUAAGAUUGAGGAGGAGAGCAGGAUGGAAGUGACCUGCAACGGCCACACCCACUCGGAAGGCCAAAUAAACACAGGGAGCCAGGGGAAGGGACAGAACCCCAGCCAAAAUGGAGAGCACGACGACCAGGAGGACCCACAGAAUGCCAGCAAACUGGACACCGUUGACAGCGCCAGCACGGAGGAUGGGGACUCGCUGGCCGAAGCACACUGCAAUGGUACAGGAGAUGGAGACCCCCGCGAGCCCAGAACAGGCGGUAAAGAAGUGGGAGAAACUGAGAUAUGUAAAAGACCAGAGGAGGAAAGAAAGGAUGAGGAGAUGGAGACUGAGGUGCUGCCUAGAAGAGGGGAGCAGCAGGAGAAGGAGGGCAGCGAAAGGAAUGACAAAGUAUCGGCAGGCAGUCUACUGAUCAACCCCCUGGAACCUCUGAAUGCAGACAAGAUCCAGAUCAAAAUAGCUGACCUUGGGAACGCCUGCUGGGUGCACAAGCAUUUUACUGAUGAUAUCCAGACUCGUCAGUACCGCUCUCUGGAGGUGUUGAUGGGAGCCGGCUAUGGAACACCUGCAGAUAUCUGGAGCACGGCCGCAAUGGCCUUCGAGCUGGCUACAGGAGACUACCUUUUCGAGCCUCAUUCUGGAGAAGACUACUCUAGAGACGAAGACCACAUAGCCUUGAUCAUUGAGCUACUGGGAAAGGUUCCCAAGAAGUUGAUUCUGGCAGGAAAAUACUCCAAGGAGUUCUUCACCAAGAAAGGUGACCUGAGGCACAUUACCAAGCUGAAGCCGUGGGGCCUAUUGGAGGUGCUUGUGGAGAAGUAUGAGUGGUCUAAAGAGGAAGCGGCCACCUUUGCCAGCUUCUUGCUCCCAAUGUUGGACCUUAUCCCCGAGAAGAGAGCCACGGCUGCAGAGUGUCUCCGGCAUGCGUGGAUUGCCCCCUAAAGGAACCCCGGUGCUAAUACAGCCACACAGGACACAUCCAGUACAAAUAUAGACACAUGCAGACGUACAUAAACACACAAAUAUACAUUCAUGCAUACUCCCAAGUGCACACCCUAGGAUACAGACUUUGCCUGCACAAUGCCGGUAUCAUCUCCGCAACACACAUGUGCACAGGCGCACACACUAGAGACUGGCUACUGGAGCCCUACCAGUGGCAUACCCCAUCAUAGAAAACACAGUUGCAGAUAAACACAAGGAGAUCCAGUCUAGCUGAACUAUAUCUAUUUAUGUCAGUCUUAUUUUGUUCCUUUUUUUGGCUGACUGGAUAUGACUUGAGUAUAAUUGUUUCUUUUCUACCUCUUUUUACCCUGUCUUUUCUUUCUGUGCCAAUGAAUACAUCUUUAGUUUCAUGUUUAAUUCAGGCGGACUUUUGAGGGUUGUUUGGCGUUACUCCUGUUUUGUUUGUUCAACACAGGCAUAUCCACAGAACAGAGCAAAAAAGUGUUACAAACAUUUAGCUAUCCUCCUUCCCUGCGAUAAUUUGCCUACACAAAGAUUAAGAAAUGUGGUGGUUGGCUUAUCUGGGUGAUAGGUAUUGGCACGGUCAAUGGCUACAACCUUCAAACUAACUACAGUGCAGAUGUUUAUAAGUGACCUGUUUAUCACCAUGUCAAUUCAGGCAAUUUUUCGCAACAUGCCUUAGUGUCAGUGUCACCCCGUUCUACUGAAAAACGGUGUUUUUCUCUAGACUAGCACAUCACAACAGUAGGGAUUUUGUUUGCAGUUGAUAGGUCAGCUUGAGUUUCCAUGAAUAAUAAGUAGGUGCUUAGAGUAGGAGUAGGCUUGGAGUCGAUUCUUUGUCUGAGUACUAGCCUCUCUAAGGGACUUUCUAUUCCACAUGUGAUACAGACAUACAUGUAGUCAAAUGUAAGCUGAAGAUUGUAUCCCGUUCGAAUUGGAACUGAUUGAGCAGUACGAUACCUUGGUAUCACUUGUGGUUCUGCGGGUCUUCUGUUACAUCACGGUUUCUAUUUAGAAGAUGAUUGCCUUCUGGUCUGGCUAGGAGCGGUGCCAUUUUAAUCGUGCACUACAUCUGUCUUGUACAUAUCUGUACCAAAGAGUUGGCCUCUCCCUCU